GGCUGGAGUACGGGAGAGUUUUGGGCUGUCGUAACCUGUAAUGUCCGGGGUUGGUCCGAUUCCCUACUGGUGGCGGUAACUUUUUUUUGGCAUGCGUCCUGACACCGUCGGCCAUCCCGAGGAAUGCCAACGCCGUCCGACCGCCAUCGCACUCCCCAGCCGCGUCCAGGAGGCGUUAACGGCGGAGCAGUAACGCGUGUCCUUCAGAAAACAGAGAGCCAUCCCCAGCGCCACCCUCAUCAUCAGCAACAGCAGCGGUGGGUGUUGUGAGUGUGUGAGAGAGGCGGGCCCGGCCGGGCAGAGCUGAGUGAGGAUGGAGGCCGGGGGCCGCGUGGCCACAGUAGGAGCAUCUGCUGCCAUAGAGACCGCCGCCGCCAGUGCCACCGCCAUCGCCAACACCGCCACGUCCCCGUCCCCGUCCCAAUCUCCGUCCUUGCUGUCACGCUCCGCCUCUGUGUCCGCCUCGCUGUCUGCGUCCGCGUCAGUGUCCGUGGCGGCGUCCGCGUCUGCGGCUCUGCUGUCUGCCGCGCUGUCGGAUCGCGACUCAUCCUGCGGUUAUGAGGCGGCUGCUGAGGGGGAGCUGUUGUCCUGUGUCCUCCAAUCAGGAGAGGAGGAGGACGGGAGGCACCGCCCCCACGACAGGCUCAACUUGGAGGACGCUGCUAUGGCCGGCAGUGCUGAUGCCCCAGAGCAAGAGUCUCUGCGCUCCUGUGUUAGCACGGCUAGCAUGAAGGUCAAGAACAUCAAGAAGCUGUCCUUCCCCAAAGGCCAUUUUCCCCGUCUGGCGGAGUGUGCUCAUUUCCACUACGAGAACGUGGACUUCGGCUCUAUCCAGUUAUCUCUGAGUGAGGAGCAGUGUGAGCCGGCCAUUCCUGGUGGUGAUCCUAAGGAUGUGGUGUACCUAGUGCAGAUCUCAUGUCAGGGCCACAGCUGGUUGUUGCGUCGCUCCUAUGAGGACUUCCGCGUGCUGGAUAAGCAUCUGCAUCUGUGCAUCUAUGACCGCCGCUUCUCCCAGCUCGCUGAGCUGCCCCGCACAGAACACCUCAAGGACAAGGCCGAGACUGUGCCCCAGAUGUUGACGGCGUACCUCACGCGCCUGUCGGCCAUCGCCGACAACAAGAUCAACUGUGGCCCCGCCCUCACCUGGAUGGAGAUUGACAACAAGGGGAACCACCUGCUGGUGCGAGACGAGUCGUCCAUUAACGUCCCGGCCAUCGCAGCUGCUCACGUCGUCAAGAGAUACAUCGCACAGGCAGCAGAUGAACUCUCUUUUGAGGUUGGCGACAUUGUCUCUGUGAUAGACAUGCCCCCAAAGGAGGACACUGGUUGGUGGAGAGGAAAACAUGGAUUUCAGGUUGGCUUCUUCCCCUGUGACUGUGUGGAGUUGAUCAGUGAGAAGAUCCCUGCCUCUGUUGGUCCAGCCAUCACCAAACCUGUGUCUAAGAAGCAUGGCAAGCUGAUAACGUUCCUGCGAAGCUUCAUGAAGUCGCGUCCCAGCAAACAGAAGCUGAAGCAGAGAGGCAUCUUCAGGGAGCGGGUGUUUGGAUGCGACCUGGGAGAGUACCUGCUUAACUCUGGAACCGAGGUGCCCCAGGUUAUCCGCAGUGCUACUGAGUUCAUUGAGAAGCACGGGGUAGUGGACGGUAUCUACCGACUCUCUGGCAUCGCCUCCAACAUCCAGAAACUCAGGCAUGACUUUGACUCGGAGCACAUCCCUGACCUGACCAAGGACAUCUACAUCCAGGACAUCCACUCGGUGGGCUCGCUCUGCAAGCUCUACUUCAGGGAGCUGCCCAACCCACUACUCACCUACCAGCUCUACGACAAGUUCUCCGAUGCAGUGUCUGCGGCCACGGACGAGGAGAGGCUGGUGAAGAUCCAUGACGUCAUCCAGCAGCUGCCUCCUCCGCACUACAGGACUCUUGAGUUUCUGAUGAGGCACCUGGCUCGUCUGGCAACGUUAAGCUAUAUCACCAACAUGCACAGCAAGAACCUGGCCAUCGUAUGGGCACCCAACCUGCUCAGGUCGAGGCAGAUCGAGUCGGCCUGCUUCAGUGGCACGUCGGCCUUCAUGGAAGUGCGAAUCCAGUCGGUGGUGGUGGAGUUCAUCCUCAACCACGUGGAGGUGCUCUUCAGCUCAAAACUCAACUCCCUCAUCAGGGAGGGCUCAGGUCACGGGACGUUGGCGCGGCCCAAGUCCUUGCUGGUGUGCUCCCCCUCCACCAAGCUGCUGUCCCUGGAGGAGGCCCAGGCACGCAUCUCCCCCAGCAGCCCCCACAGCAAGUACAUCGAGGUGGGGGAGGGACCCAGCGCCCUGCAGGGACGCUUCCAUACCGUCAUUGACUUCCCUGCCGAGAGGAAGAAGGCUCCUGUCAAGUCUAAGAAGUCUCCGAUUGGCGGCUGGCGAAACUUCUUCCAUCGCGGCCGCUCGUCCUCCACAGCCUCCAAACGCAAACUGCACCGCCACCCCAGUGAACCCAACCAGAUCAAGACCAUGGCACUACCAGGUGGAAGGGGUGAUUCUGGAACUCUCCGCUCUGCUAAAAGUGAAGAGUCUCUAUCCUCUCACAACUUUGAAGUUGGCGACCCAAAGCUGCCCCACCCGCGACGUCCCGUGUCCAUCAGCGAGGCGCUGUCCACCUCCUUCAACGAGGAGCUCCUGGAGAGCCAGGCCCAGAGCGGCGCCGCGCACCACAAGAGCGACCCCACCCACCAGCGCCUCGCCCCCACCGCUCACCACCACAAGAGCGCCUCCGUCACUUCCUGCGUCCCGGCGCUCAUCUCCCCUCCUCGACACGACCUCAACGACGACGCUGCCGUCGACAGUCGUCAUGGCCGCCGACCCCUCAGCUCCGACCUCGGACACCUCACUGACUUUGACCCCAUGGCCUUCCAGGCGAGUGGCGGUGGUGGUGCCGUUGCUGCCGCCGCCGCCGCUGCUGUUGCUGCCGCGCCUCUUCCUGGCCCCUCCUCCUCCUCCCACGCACACACCCACGCCGAGGUCAGGAAGCAACCAACCGAAGCCAGUAGUACUAAUAAUAACAAGGCCACUUGUCGUGGCAACGCGUCAGAAGUGGAUGGCAAGAAGAGAGUGUCACCAGUUGACAAAAUGGCCACCGUCGCGGCCAUCGCUGCAGCUACCUCACCGGUCUUGCCGGAGGACGUACAGGGGGCCGUCCAAGUCCAAGUGAAGCAGAAGAAGGAGAAGAAAGAUGGAGACGCAAAGAUUGAAAAGAAGGUGGUCAUUUUGGACAAUAACGAGCCCUCCUCCUCCACCAUUUCCGCAACCACGCCCCCUGCUGCUGUUCCUGAAGAGGUGCAGACAGCCCCAGCUGAGCCUAAUGUGAUCCCCGAACCCAAACCUGAAAGGCAGGCGCCCGUGGCCGUCAUGGACUCUGUGUCUUCCACGCCCCUCACGUCUUCCCCCUCCAUGAGAAGUGAGGCGCUUCCCACCAGCGAGGCGGCGGCUCCUCCCAACGCCAGCAGGGCCGGGUCCAAACGCAGCGGGUCCUGCAGUGGCGACUGCAGAGCGGCAGCCAUGGAGCCCAAGCAGAACCGGCCCGACCCAGGCGCCCUGACGUUGGACUGCACUCCGGGCCUGGUGAGUGCCGACUCUCUGAUCUCCCCUCAGCCUCCGGGCAAGAACGCCGCACGCAUGCUGGCUCUCGCACUGGCAGAAUCCGCACAGCAGGUGGCGCUGCACACCCAGAGAGGAGGAGGCGGCCCGCUGCAGAGCCCUUCUUCCCCCAGCGCAAAGCUACCCAUGCUCAGCCCCGUCGGCCCCCACCACGACUGGCCCCCCCACUCGCCGCCCCAGGCCACCACCCCGACGGCUGACCCCAACGACCCCCUGCCCUCGCACGCCUCCCGCUCCGCCGGGGUCAACAUGGCCGACGCCGUGCCCCCUCCUCCGAGAGGUCUGGGAAGGCCGAGUGCGGCCGAGGAGCACCAGUCAGUGGCUCCGGUGAAGCCGGUUCGUGUGUGUGGCGCCUGUGGGGGUGAGGAGAGAGAGCUAGGGAUGAGGGGAGGGGGGGCGGCGCACGUUGGACCCCGAGUCUGCCAAUGUGUAACCUCAUCGGCCCCCCCUCAGCAAAGACCCCGCGCCAGCUCAGCCUCAGUGUCCGUGUCCGUGGGUACCUCGACUCCGGCGCAACAAGACCUGCCUGAGAGGAGGGGGAGGGGGAACCCUAAUGUAGGGGUGGGGAUGGUGUCCGAGCAACAGGUGUACGGCAGUCCAAAACCGUUACAACACCCGCCCCACCACCAGCCCAAACCGCUGCCCCCGACCCCCCCGCGCCGCACGGCCGAGAGCCGCCUCGCCACCGCCGCCCUGCAGAACCGCGAGGCCGUCAACGCGUCCAACUUCCGCACGGUGCUGGCGGAGGCUUCGGCGCCGUCUUCGCUCAAGGAGGUCUUCCCUCCUCAUCCCUCCUCUUCGCACCCCCAUUCUUCCUCCUCCUCCUCCUACCCCCUCAGCCCCGAGGAGGACCCCUACGGCCCCCCUCCUCACUCACGGGGGGUCCCUCGCAGCAGCAGCAGGGGUCCCGCACCCCCGGCAUUCCCCGCUCCGCAGCCUGAAAGCCUGCCCUUAGAUUUAGGCAGGCAUAAGGUGGGACGCCACCACCACCACCACCACCACCACCCCAAACACGCCUACGAGACCCACUACGGCACUCUGGGCCCCCGGUCGUUGCACCAGUCCAUCAAAUACAAGGACGCGUACCGGGACGAGCACUCGUCGUCCAACGCGGCACACUUCCGUCGCUCGGGCCAGUGGUACGCGCCCCUGGAAGGCGCGCUGGUGUACCCCACCAUCCGCCGGGUGCGCUCCCUGCACGCCCCUCCCGAGGACCGGCCUUUCUUCUUCCAGAACCACCCCCCGCCGCCUCCUCCUCCUCCUCCUCAGUCCUCGUACGGCACGAGGAAGGGCCCGCCCCACCACGCCGCCGAGAUCCACCAGGUGCAGCCGUACUUUGAGAACGGCAAGGUGCAGUACCGCUACAACCCGUACUCCGACCCUUCUUACGGGGACCUGGAAGGUCAUAGGUCGUCGUCGUCACGGCAGUACAGCCAGAGCCACGCGUACACCAUCCGCCGCGUGCCCGUACCUGGCCCCGGCCAUGGCCACGCUGCGCCCCCUCCCCUGAAGAUGAGGUGCGCCCCGCCCGGCUGCUACCCGAACCCCUUGAGCCACGUCAUGCCGGAGAAGGACUACGCCUACCAGAGCCACGACGCCUGUCAUGUGCCCAGCCGCAAGGAGGACCCAUCGCUCAACCCCCACGUGUGGAGCUCCGAGCCCCCUGACCCCCGGCACUUCCACCAGGCCACGUUGCGCCGGGACGGGAGGUCAAGAAGGAAGCCCCAGGGCCACCCGUCAGGUCAGCAUCCCCAGCCACAGCAGCAGCCGUACGUGGGGGUCAGCCCGGUGCGGUCCAAAGGCGAGGGCGGCGGAGGUGGCAGGCGCGAGUCCCGGCACGUGCGCCAUCGCUCCGACUCGGGUCGCGACCUGCUGAUCUCCACGGAGGAGCCCGGCGGCCAUUUCAAGGUCACCAUGGUGACCCAGAGCUCUCCGGAGCAGCUGUUCUCCGAGGGCGAGUCUUCCCAGCCGGAGCCGGGGCUAGGGCGCAAGGGCGAGGGGCUGGGCGCCCGGGAGACCCUGAUGCUCAAGCAGACAGGAAGCUACAGGAACUCCCAGCACAUGCAGGAGGGCCGACCGUUACCGCCGCACCUUUCCUUACACAAGGAGUACAGCUGCCCCGACUUCAAGCAUAGCGAUGGCGGAGGAGGAGGAGGAGGAGGAGGAGGAGGAGGAGGAGGAGGGUCUAGCCGCGUCCGCGAGCCGGACCGGGUUCUCUACCGGACCCUGAGUAGCCGCUACCCCGACGAGGACUACUAUUACUCUCGCGGGGGGGCCAGGGCCCCCGCUCCCGCUCCACGCCACGAGCGCUCGCAGAGCAGCAAGAGCCUCAUGCAGCAGGCCCAGGACCGCGACCGCAAGAUGGAGGCCGACCCCUGGGGGGCGCAGCACUACCCUCCGCCGCCACAUCAGCCACAUCAGCAACAUCAGCCACAUCAGCAACAUCAGCCACAUCAGCAACAUCAGCCACAGCCCAUGGGGCGCAGCCACAGCUUCCUGGCUUCGCGCUACGACAGCAUGGAGGGCUACGUGCCUGUCACGCAGCCCCGCACCCCCAAGUCGGGGGGCUCCUUCCCCAACCACGGCUGCAUGCCCCCCAGCAGCCACAGACUGUACUCCACGGCGCUGGGACAGGGAGGGUACCUCCAGGGACAGACCAGGCCUGAGGCCGAGGUCUAUGUGGAGUGA